UAUGAAUGAAUGUCUUCUCCAUAAAGUCCAAACACAGUUCGUAUUUAUUUCUUGAUUUGUCGUUGUUUGGAUAUCUAAUACGGGUGCAAAAUGCAAGCAAUUUCACAGGCAAUAAGAUCGUGCAAAGAGAUGCUUAGAUUUGGAGUUGUAUCACAUUCUAUCUCUAAAGAUUCAACUCAGCCGUUGAAGAAAGUGUUGUCAAGAUGGGGAUGUGUUACUUCCGAUAAGACCAUCACAGAGAACGGGAGAGGGUUAGACAAUACAACGGUGAAAGAAGUACUAAUGACAAAGGGAGAUGGCAAAGUCAGCUCCUGGUUAUGGUGCAGAACCAAUGACAGUGUCUAUGAUGCUAUGAAGCAAAUGGCACAUAACGAUGUCGGAUCUUUGGUGGUGCUGAAACCAGGAGAAGAAGAAUUGCUUGCUGGGAUUGUAACCGAAAGAGAUUAUCUGAAGAAGAUAAUAGAACAAGAUAGGCAACCCAAGUACACAAAAGUUGGAGAAAUCAUGACUGAUCAGAACAAGCUGAUAACAGUGGCAUCGGAUACAAAGAUUCUUCAAGCAAUGCAGAUAAUGACGGACAAUCACAUACGGCAUGUUCCAGUUGUAGAUGGAAAGAUAAUCGGAAUGAUUUCCAUAGUAGACGUUGUUAGAGCUGUGGUGGAGCAGCAAAAAGGAGAAGUGAAGCAACUUAAAGACUUCAUCAAGGGAGAAUACUACUAA